UAGCUUCCAAGCCUUCCAUAGCUCUCGCUCAGUGCUAAUCCACUAAACAGUGUCAUCUAAGCCGUCCGAUCUUAAUCAUCAGCCAUGCCGAUCAGAAACAUCGCCGUAGGUGAUCGACAAGAGGCGACUCACCCAGACGCCUUGAAGGCAGCGUUGGCUGAGUUCAUCUCUACUCUAAUUUUCGUCUUUGCUGGGGAGGGGUCCGGCAUGGCCUUCGCCAAGCUCACAGACGGUGCCGCAAACACCCCUGCCGGCCUUAUCUCUGCGUCAAUCGCUCACGCUUUUGCUCUCUUUGUCGCCGUCUCCAUUUCCGCCAACAUUUCUGGUGGACACGUCAACCCCGCUGUCACUUUCGGCGCCUUUGUUGGCGGUAACAUCACUCUCCUCCGUGGCAUCCUAUAUUGGAUCGCUCAGCUCCUCGGCUCUACCGUCGCUUGCUUGCUCCUCAAGUUCUCCACCGGUGGCAUGACCACCUCAGCGUUUGCGCUCUCAAGCGGCGAGGGAGUGUGGAACGCGUUCGUUUUCGAGAUCGUGUUGACUUUUGGACUCGUCUACACAGUGUACGCUACAGCCAUCGAUCCAAAGAGGGGCAGUUUGGGAACUAUUGCUCCGCUCGCGAUUGGUUUCAUCGUCGGUGCUAACAUUUUGGCGGCCGGGGCUUUCGACGGAGCCUCAAUGAACCCAGCCGUGUCAUUUGGUCCAGCCUUGGUGAGCUGGAGCUGGGAAAACCACUGGGUCUACUGGGCCGGGCCUCUUAUUGGUGGUGGGAUCGCUGGGCUUGUUUACGAACUCAUCUUCAUCAGCCACACCCAUGAACAGCUCCCUACCACAGACUACUGAGCGCAGUGAUGUGGAUCUGUAGUGAUGAGUAGUUGCUCGGCUUUUAUCUGGUGUAUUUGCUCUGUUUAUCGAGGAUUUAUUUUCUAUCUUUGUGUUUCAAUUGUGACCGCUGAUCCUUGCGUCUUUAUGAUUAUAUGAUAUGAUUCAUAUCAUCAAUGUUGUUUUGCCAUUGCGGGAGAAGUGUGAUUAUGGGACUUUAGGUGCUGUGUUAUUCUGCUUCCUGUUGUAUGAUGUCAUUGUUAGUCCUCCUGCCUUUCUUUA